AUGGAUGAUUUGGAUCUUGUCAACUCAACGGACGACUCAAGUGGUGAUGAUGGAACUCUAACCGAUAAUCUGGAUGCCGGAACUAGACUGAUUAUAUAUAAUUUCGUCUUGUUCUCGCCUUUCAUUGUCAUUCCGGCCUGCAUCAUUUCUGCAAGAUUAUUCAAAUAUGUCAUUCGUCUGGCCCGGGCCAAAUUCUCAAACAGUGACGAGACUGAAGAAGACUUAAUUCAAGAUCCUCUCGGUGAACUUGGACUCUCUGUGGGUCGUGAUGCCGAGACAUUAAAGGAGGCAAGACGUUUGAGACAAGAAAUGCGACGUUUACGAGCUUUACAACGUGAAGCCAUAGUUACUGGUGAGCUGAACGAGUCUGGUGAAAAGGAGAAACUGUCUGAUAUAAAGAAUCAGCUCGCAUCGUUUGGCAAGCAAACUCAAAAAACUUGGAAUGCUCGAUUUACACCUGAAGCUGUACGACGAUUCUUUGGUAUGACACGUUGGGGACGUCUUUGGAUGAUGUUUCAAGUACUUUGUACUGUCAUUUCCAUCAUCAACUACAUCAUUCUGACCUACAGAGUCGUACGCGAGGAGCAUCGUAAUAUAAAGAGAUUGGACUUGUUUCUCGCUAUGGUGUUUCUUUCCGAUUACACGAUCUCCUUAUAUAUGGCCGAGGACAGACUGAAAUAUUACUAUCAUCCAAUGUCGCUUAUAGACUUGCUAUCCAUUUUACCACCUAUCGUUUAUUACAUUGUGAAGGACGUGUCUUCUUCAGUCUGGUUUUUGGGUCUAGUCCGCAUCUUUCGUGCCACGCGUAUCUUGAGAACAUACCGUCUGGUGUCGUUUUCACAGUCCGAAGAAUCUCGAGAGUUAGUGAUUCUGGGGCUGACCUUUGUCAACUUCUUAUUCUUAUCCGCAUCUAUCAUUAACGCUUUGGAGAGCUUGGAAAUUGAGCAUGGGCCAGCUUCAUUAUCAUCGUGGCAUGACAGUUUGUACUAUAUCAUGGUUACUUUCAGUACCAUUGGAUUUGGAGACUUAACACCUAGCUCCACAAUAUCAAGAGCUGUCGUUAUGGUGCUGAUUGUUGUGAUGAUUAUCUUUGUCCCAAUCCAAACGUCUAGAUUGAGUGAAAUCUACAACUCCACUUCUUACUACCAACGUCAAAAAUAUGUGCCAAAUAUGCGCCAUGCACAUGUAGUAGUAUCAGGACCAGGAAUAUCUUUUGCAGCCAUAGUAGACUUUUGUCGGGAAUACUUUGUAGCAGAUCCACUAGGACAUGUCGUUAUUCUCUGUCCUCAGGAACCCGAUAUUGAAGUACGUCGUCUCUUAAGACAUCCGAAUUACCGUCACCGGCUGGUAUAUCUAUCAGGAUCUUCUCUCUCCAUUGGUGAUUUGAAACGAGCUGGAACGGACUUUGCAACAGCCUUGUUUUUACUUUCUGGUGAUAAUACAGUGGAAGCUGCAAAGGAUGAAUCCCGACUUCGGUGUGACGCUGAAGUCUUGAUGCAAACUCUCACUGUCAAAACUGCCUUCCCAAGAGUACCAGUGUUUGCUCAAGUCCAAGAGACUAGGACUGCGGAAUUGGCUGUGCAUUGUGGGUGUGAUAGAGUGUUGUGUCUGGAUGAAAUAGAAAUGGCUCUUUUAGCUCGUGAUUGUCUAGUACCAGGGACAUUGGCCAUGCUACAAAAUUUGGUGCACACUUAUGGAGCAAGAGAACACUCUCAACGGUCGAAUGAUACAUGGCUCAAAGAAUAUGCAACUGGAGCUACCAAUCAAUUGAGUUCUCUUAAAGCACCUUCAGGUCUUAUUGGAAUUCAUUUUACGGAGGCUGCUGCCAUGGUGUAUUCUGAAGUUGGGGCAACCUUGAUUGGUGUAUUACCCGCACAAAGUAAUGAGGGAAUAAAUCUGAAUCCUGGCCAGUCGUACUGUAUAAAACCAGACGAUGUCCUGGUCUGUAUCGCCGAGGCUGAAAGUGAAGUGGUGCUGAGGAUAAUGCUACAAUUCGAAACAAGACCAACUACCAAUCCAUUUAAUCUGCCGCAAAAAACUGUCCGAAAUCUCGACAAUGAUAUGGCGUCUUCGCAGCUUGGCAAAGCAGAUGUCUCAAAUCGGUGGGGAUCGAUGCAUUUGGUGGCACCAAAAUCUGAAGAUGGCACAAAUGGAGUACGAGCACCACCUGAUAUAGACGGAGACAACACAGCACUUCCGUCGGCUUUAGCAAACCACAUUAUAUUGUGUGGUACAGUCAGAGCAAGAGGACUACGGCACCUAGUGCAUUGUAUUCGAUCAGCAGAAACCGAUAAGUCCGAAGUUACACCUAUAGUCAUACUAGUUGAAGACAUGCCCGAUACCACACAAUCUCUGUGGGCAGAUAUAAUAAACUAUCGUAAAGUCCAUCUAGUCCAAGGUACACCACUGAAACGCCAGUCACUUAUAACAGCAGGUAUCGAGACCUGUCGACGUAUUGUAAUCUUCCAGAGCUCUAUUGGUGAAGGGGCUAGUGACAACGCACAAUCAGCAUUGGCUGAUGCAAACUCAAUCUUUAUUGUGAAACUCAUUCAAGAAGAGUGGCCUGCCGCAGCAUUCCUAGUAGAACUUUCGUCAGGAGCCAAUACACGAUACUUCUCCGUAGAGCUUUUCAAGACCUCAGUAAACCGACAGCAAACGAUGCUCAUGUUGAGAGACUACUCACUAGGAACUCGUGAACGACUGGCAUUAUACUAUAGAGCGCGGGCUGAAGCUGCCAAGGAGUCAGACAUGAUGUUGCGUUUAUGGAGGUUUAUAUCAGGUGUACGGCUGACUGGACCUCCAUUAUCACCCACUGGUGGAUCGUCUACAGUGGAUAAACAACACCAAGAAGUAAAACGUAGCUAUAUGAGACUCAACGAUGAAACCGAUGCUAGCGAGUCGAACGACUCACAAGAGGCUUCCUUCACCAUGGCUCAAUUAGCACGAUUUGAAGAAGAGGCAGAACUUACAGAAUCCGGAUUGUCCGCCUUCCCAGCAUAUCAAUUUGAUGCACAGUUUGCAGCGGGCCGUGUCGCUACAGCAGCUCUGUCUCACUCUUUAAUAUGUCAGACGUAUCUGAGACCGUAUGCCAUUGAUGUAGUAGCCCAUCUGACUGCCAGUGUAGACCACAUGUCCGUACCAGCAACACUAGCUGGUAAAAUGUACUCGGAACUUGUGUUGUACUUCUUGUAUCGUGAAAUUGUAGUAUUAGGUCUCUUACGUGGGGGUGCAGGUUGGGAGGUGAAGCGUCAAUUGGCGCAUUCGUCCAAGGUAAAGGAAGAACCACAAGUAUCUAUAGUCGGCAGCUCUUCACGUGCAUUGAACGUGCCAGCCGCUGCACUGUCGACCAAACUGGCUGAAGAUCUUACAACCAAGCUACCAUAUGUUUAUACGAACUGUCGUGGAUAUGAGAUUGUAUCUGCUGAAGAUCUAGUGUUUGUCCUACCACGAUCAGCGUGA